CGGGCAGCCGCCUUCAGACUCGGCUUUGCUGAGGCGCUGGCGGCAGUGGUUUUUUGUACUGAGAUGAAGUUGCUGCUGCUGGGAGAUGAUGAACCGAGAGCUUUGGCGAUCUGGAAAACCACAACAUGUUAUAGAUAUUCCCAACAGAAAGCUCUUAUUUACACUGCAUGGCCAGACAGACUGUGAGUGAGUAACCAUGGCAACACUCUGCUGUGAGCCAGGCUCUGGUGCUGUGCAGAGGGCAGUGACCUAUGAUGAUGUGCAUAUCAACUUCAGUCAGGAAGAGUGGAAUUUGCUGGAUCCUUCCCAGAAGAAUCUCUACAAAGAUGUGAUGCUGGAGACCUACAGGAACCUCACUACUAUAGGAUGCAUUUGGGAAGACCAUAAUAGUGAAGAACAUUGUCAAUGUUCUAGAAGACAUGAAAGGAUUGAAAGAAAUCAAACUGGAGAGAAAAUUUCAGUAUAUCUUCAGUGUGGUAAACCCUUGACAUAUGACAGUCACCUUAAAUGGAAUGAAAGAACAAAGACUGGAGAGAAACCCUAUGAAUGUAAUCAGUGUGGUAAGGUCUUUUCAGGUCACAGUAAUCUACAAAAGCAUAAAAGGACACAUACUAGAGAAAAACCCUAUGGAUGUUAUCAGUGUGGUAAGGCCUUUGAUUGUCAUAGUGAUCUUCAAAGGCAUGAAAGAACACACACUGGAGAGAAACCCUAUGAAUGUAAUCAGUGUGAAAAGGCCUUUGCACAGCAAAGUGGUCUUCAAAAGCAUCAAAGAACACAUACUGGAGAGAAACCCUAUAAAUGUAAUGAGUGUGGGAAGGCUUUUGCAGCUCACAGUAAUCUUCAAAGUCAUAAAAGGACACAUACUGGAGAGAAACCCUAUAAAUGUAAUGAGUGUGGUAAGGCCUUUGCAGUGCACCGUACACUUCAAUUGCAUCAAAGAACACACACUGGAGAGAAACCCUAUGAAUGUAAUCAGUGUGGUAAGGCCUUUGCACAGCACAGUGGUCUUCAAAGUCAUAAAAGAACACAUACUGGAGAGAAACCUUAUGAAUGUAAUCAGUGUGGUAAGGCCUUUGCAGAGCUGAGUGGUCUUCAAAAUCAUAAAAGAACACAUACUGGAGAGAAGCCCUAUAAAUGUAAUGAGUGUGGUAAGGCCUUUGCAGUGCACCGUACACUUCAAUUGCAUCAAAGAAGACAUACUGGAGAGAAGCCCUAUGAAUGUAAUCAGUGUGGUAAGGCCUUUGCACAGUACAGUGGUCUUCAAAGUCAUAAAAGAACACAUACUGGAGAGAAACCUUAUGAAUAUAAUCAAUGUGGUAAGGCCUUUGCAGAGUACUUUUCAACUGCAUAAAAGAACACACCGAAAAGAAACCCUAUGAAUGUAAUCAGUGUGGUAAGGUCUUUGCAGCUCACAGUAAUCUUAAGAGGCAUAAAAGAUCUCACUCUAGGUAGAAAUCCUACGAAUGUAAUCAGUGUGAUAAGACCUUUCCUGGUUAUUGUAUUCAUCAACUGCAUAAAGCAUACUGGAGAUCAUAAUCAGUGUGGUAAGGCCUUUGCACAACACAGUCAUUGUCAAUGUCAUCAAAGAACUGUAGAAAGAGCUGCAGGCAGCGUUCCUGUCACCCGGCUCCCAGUCGCCUGGCUAACUUAUGCCCCAAAAUAACAGCACACAAACUGAAAUCUUUUUUUUUUUUGGUUUUUCGAGAUAGGGUUUCUCUGUGGUUUUGGAGCCUGUCCUGGAACUAGCUCUUGUAGACCAGGCUGGUCUCGAACUCACAGAGAUCCACCUGCCUCUGCCUCCCAAGCGCUGGGAUUAAAGGCGUGCGCCACCACUGCCCGGCCACAAACUGUAUUCUUUUAAACACUGCCUGGCCCAUUAGCUCUAGCCUCUUACUGGCUAACUCUCACAUCCUGACUAACCCAUUUCUAAUAAUCUGUGUGGCUUACUGGGAAGGAUUCUAACCUAUGUCCAUCUUGGGCCAGAGCUUCAUUGCAUCUGACCCAGAGAGGAGAGGCAUGGCGAUUGCCUUGCUUCCUCCCAGCAUUCUGUUCUCUCUAUUCCACCCACCUAAGGGCUGGCCUAUCAAAUGGGCCAAGGCAGUUUCUUUAUUAACCAAUGAAAUCAACAGAUUGACAUAUGACCUUCCCACAUCAAAGAACAAAUACUGUAGUGAAAUAGUUUGAAUAAAAUCAGUGUGGUAAAAACCUUUUUAUUAUUAUUUUCAGAAGCACAAAAGAAUACACACUGGAGAGGAAUCCUACAAAUAUAAUCAGUGUGGUAAUACCUUUGCACAUCACUGUCAUUUUCAAAGGCAUAAAAUAACACACAGUAGAGAGAAACCCUUUGAUUUUAUUCAGUGUGCUAAGACCUUUACAGAUCACAGUAAUAUUCACAGGCAUACAAAAACACAUGCUGGUGAGAAACAGUAUGAAUGAAAUCAGUGUGAUAAAGCCUUUUCAUGUCUUAUUCAUCUUCAAAUGUACAAAAGUACACAUUCUGGAAAGAAACCAUGAAUAUAAUUUGUGUGGUAAAUCCUUUGUCACAGUAAUCUCCAACUACAUGAAAUAAACCCUCCUGGAGAGAAACUAUGAAUUUAAUGAGUGUAGUUUUCAAAAUCAUGAGAAAAAUUAUAUUGCAGUGAAACUCUUAAAUGAAUUCAGUGUGCUAAUGUUUUCCACUUUAUACUGGAGUAAAACUUUUUGGUAAUCAGUCUGAUAAUGUUUUUCCAUAUUACAAUAGUCUUUGGGUACCUGAAGAAGAAAUUGAGGGUUUAUUCUAAAUUAUUUUUUAAGAUAUUAAGCCAAUACACUUAAAGUCAGUUAAUCAACAUUUAUUCUGUAGAAAAAUUUGAUAGUGUCAAUGAUCUGUUCAAGCAUUAUGAUACCUCUUUAUUUUGUUUGCACCAGCAAACUGAUGGCCAAAACCCAAUUUAUGAAUUUAUGAAGUCCUAUGGGUAGGAAAAAGGUCCUUUCAAAGAAACACACCCUGGUCCUGAAAUGAAAUCCAAAGGAAACACUUUGGCCCUGAAUCUAGAGCUAGUUAAAGAAACAACAUCACCCCCAAAACAGAGCCAAAUGUUAAGGGCCAUUGUAGGAACUACCCUUUGAAUCUUAAACCAGAGUCAAAGAAACACACUCUACUCUUGUCCAACUGAACACAAAACCAAUCCCAGAGCUCAAAAUCUAGUGCUGGAAAUAUUUUAAAGUCUAUUUAUAUGCGUUUGAAGUCUGAAAUAGGCACAAACUCAUAAAGAAGAAAUCCCUAUUCAUGAAAACAGGUUGUUAAUGAAUUUAGACUUCACAGUUGUCUUUAGCUUCAAGAAUAAUUGUUUCUCUUUAUAGCCUUAAAGUAAGUAAAUUAUGCACCAUGUUCACUCCAGACUGGUGGAGGAGAUCAUGGCAGUGUGGUUUCUAUUUUGAAACAUAUGAGAUAGUCACUAAAGUGUGCUCUAUGUGUGGCAAAUCCAUUUAAUGAAGUUUAUUUUGUAGUCCCUAUAUUCCUUCUGUGACUUUUGUUCAUCUUCUAUUGUGCCUGUACUUAGUGAUAUGUAUUUUUCUGCUGUAAUGUAUAGAAUGGAGCCCCUAUCAUAUAAUUGUUCCAUUGGUUAUUGAAAUAUCAGUCCAUGUUUGAUCAUACUUUUCAAGUAAGGGUGGUGGGUUGUUGUUCCUGGUUGAUUCUCAUCUUUUCACAAAUUCCCUUGAGAUUUGUUGUUUGUUAUUCGUCUUAGCUUGGAUGUUAGUAAUGAUUUAGGUAUACAUUUGAACUCACAAUGUUUAUGUGUUUUCCUAUUGAGUACAAGUCCAAGGGUAGAUGAUGAACUCUCAAUGUGUGCUCUUUUUUUUUUUUUAAAGAUUUAUUUAUUUAGCAUCCAAUGUACUGCUGGCAAGGAAGGCACCAGGUCUCAUUACAGAUGGUUGUGAGCCACCAUGUGGUUGCUGGGAAUUGAACUCGGGACCUCUGGAAGAGUAGCCAGUGCUCUUACCCUCUGAGCCAUCUCUCCAGCCCCCGUGUGCUGUUUCUUAAAGUGACUUAUCAAUGUUAAUGUUAAAAUGACUGAUAAAAGAAAUUAUAAGA